AUGCGCUUAGGCGAUGGUGUCAUCCCAAACCCAGUUGGAAGCAUCACAGAAGCGCAACGUAUCGCAAAUUCUAACGGUUACACUGGUAAUGUAGCGCGUAGGCCAGAUCUAGGAACGCAACGAGAAUAUGCCACAGUGGUUGAGUCGAAUAAGAUCAAUUUCGGCCUGCCCUUCACAACCGAUGACUUGAGUAAGGCUAUACGGGCUAGUCUGGUGAAAUGCGGUCUCGAGGACUAA